UUCACUCUUAUUCCUAGCAGAACUAGUUUUGCCAAUAGUUUUAAGGUUGAAAGUGUUAAAGUGUGGCUUUGUUACGAACAGGUUUCCGAAACCAAAAACGUAGAAAUAGUUCUUGCGGUUGUUUUGUUGUUAUACAUCUAGUCAUUGUCUUCCGGUUUUCUGUACCGGCACGGAUUUCUAUGGCCACACAAAGGCAAAGCAUGACCGACAUUCUUCCUCCGUUUGUCACCGAAAUCGAUAUCAAUGAAAUUGAACGGAUUGGGAUGGUUGGCAAAGGUUCAUUCGGGACCGUGAUCAAGGGUAAAUGGAAUAGUAAUUUUGUCGCUGUUAAAUACAUUGAAGUCGAGUCGGAACGCAACGCAUUUAUCACGGAGGUUUGUCAGCUAUCACGGGUAUUUCAUCCAAACAUAAUCGGUCUGUACGGAGCAUGCACGAAACGGCCGAACGUUUGCCUGGUCAUGGAAUAUGCCGAUGGAGGUUCACUGCACUCGGCAUUGCAUUGUAGGCCAAAGCCGUUCUACACUGCGGCGCAUGCCAUGAGUUGGGCUAGACAAUGCGCGGAGGGCGUCGCAUAUUUGCAUGAUAUGAGACCUAAAGCCAUGAUUCAUCGGGACCUAAAGCCACCUAAUUUGCUGCUCGUUAGAAAUGGAACCGUGCUGAAAAUUUGCGAUUUUGGCACCGUAACAGACAAAUCUACCAUGAUGACUAACAACAAAGGUAGUGCUGCCUGGAUGGCACCGGAAGUUUUUGAGGGCUCAACCUAUACCGAGAAAUGUGAUGUCUUUAGCUGGGGAAUUAUCCUGUGGGAAGUGAUCGCUCGAGAACAGCCUUUCAAGAACAUAGAAAAUUCCUACGCAAUUAUGUGGCGUGUGCACCAAGGCAGUCGGCCGCGGGUCAUUGAGAAUUGUCCCAAACCGAUCGAAAGGCUGAUGACCAACUGCUGGAAUCAAGAUCCCGCGGAUCGGCCGCCCAUGCAGGUGGUCGCGAACAUCAUGAACCAGUUGUGCAAGUUUUUCCCAGGGGAAAACGAACCAAUUGUUUAUCCAACACACGCUAACGUCGAUGAUGAAGAUCAAUCCUACAUGCGGAACGACAGCACCCUAGACACGAACCAGUAUGGCGCCACGUCAAGCUUCGGUUCAACUUUUUAUGGCAAAGGACACAGUACGGUAACAUCGAAAAGCACUAUCAAUACUAACACAAAGCCUCCCGUGAGUGGCGGUAGCAUCGUCAGUACGGGCAGCAUACCUCGCGCUUCCGGUUACCGUCACAACGAUUAUCGCACCGCUGCUGCUGGUCGCAACGCAUACACUCGGACGUCAGAUUACGGCCGUUAUCAGAUAAAAAAUGAUGCUAUCGUCAACAGCAGUGGUGGUCACUAUGCCAAAAGUAAUCGACCGGGUACCGGUUACGGGAGUCCUGACUUUACCUAUCAUAACACAGCGGCCAGAAGGAAUCGGCCGAAGUCACCGCCGCCGCAGGUUUCACUGUCACCGACGUCUCCCAAAAGCAUUACGCCAUCGGCAGGCCACUCGCAUAGUCCGCUCAGUGUAGUAAUUGAUCCGUCUAUGACGUGGAAAACAAUUGACACUGAAGAACCUCUACGGGAUUUAGCUGACAAUUCAUCGAACAACCAAGGUACGGAGAGACUGGUCGUUACCAGACGCAACAAUGGACCAAUCGAUAGCAACCUGCCAUGCGCAACGGCGACGUCCGGUGCGCUAGCCUCCAGUAAGCUAACCUCCAGUGGCGCCGCCGGUAACUUCACCACUAGUCACAUCACCACCGCCAACAGCCAGAGCAGCAACCAACCGGGUGGCGUCGGUGGCAUCGACGCGGUGAACACUAGUAGUACUUCGGAAAGUUUCACCACCAAUGCCACCGAGACCGCUCUUGAUUAUAAAUCACUCAACAGUAUUCUGGAUGACAACCUGCGACCGCUGACACCAAUUCCAGGCAAUCCACGGUCCGAGCAGAUUCACAACGAGCAUAAGCAGCUUGUGAAGAAAUAUUUUGAGUACCAAACACAAAUUGUUACCGAACAAGCUCAUAGUGAUAGUUUACAAAUGAAUAUGCCACCUGAAGAGUUACGGUUCAAGAAGGCAUACUUGAAGCAACUAGACGAAAAGGACGCAUUGCUCAAAUUUAAAGCCAGCCUUCGAAAGCAGCUGGACGAACGAAACCGAGGAGCCUAUCGAACCCAGUUGCAUACCAUCGGUACCCCUCAUCUGCAGCAAAACCAACACCAACAGUCAGCACCCCCACCCCCACCCGGUGGCAGUUAUCCUCAGGCAGGUCUCCAGAGGCAAGACUCUGCCACCGGGGCAGAUUGGGUAAUAAUAGAAGCGGACAAUGCUGCCACUAGUAAUCAGCAUCCGAGCUAGGCCGUUCUAAAGCGACGGUUGUGACGAAUCGUUCGGUACAGUACGGACAAUAAUACCUGCUAGGCGAGUACUCUUACAGUGCGGUGCGGCGUGCAAUCCAAGUGCCAAAAAAUUGUGCAGUGCAAAGGACUUUUCCUUACCUUGUUGUGUGAUCAAAUGUGUUUGAAAAACGCUACAUAUUUAUAUAUACUGAAUCAUCAGUAACGAUACCAUUUGCGUAGAUUUAAG